UGUACCCAUCUGGGACUUGCUGUUCUGUCGUGUUCCCUUAUUAUAACAAAACGACCUCCUUCAAAACAUUUUCAUCGAGUAAGUACCGAAGUAAGAAUUUAGUGGACUAAAAAGUCCCAUUUUAAAGCGUAGUGGAAGUCGGUUGGCUUUAUGUUGAAGCUUCGCAGGCUUACUUAACUUAGUUUAGCUUAGCUCGCUAGCUAAGACACGUCAACGCAUUCCGAUUGCUUUGGCUGAACGUCAAUUCCUAUUUGUUAAGUUUGUUUUCAGGAAAAGUCGAUCGGUGAACAUGAGCGUAAUUACUUUUAAUUGUAUGAGACGCUUCUCGACUUGUCUUUAAAAUGCGACAAAUUACUGACUGGAGGCCAACGCAAUCCAAAAUAUCAAGUCGAAGAGCAGAACGUGGAAAAUAAGGAGAGGAAAUCCAGGUCACGGCGAACGACUGAAAAACAAAAUGAAGAGUCCCGCAGACGUCACUGUAGAAGAUCUUCACCCUGAGAAGCCCGACCCCAUCCAUGUUAAACAAGAGGAGAAGUCCGACAUGCUGUGGAUCAAACAGGAGGCGGAGCCAGAGACCCCUGACAUGAAAGAAGAAAAACAGGAAGUUGAAAUCCUCAAGUUUCCAAUGGGGGUCGGUGUGAAGAACAAAGAAGACGAAGGACCAAGCAAAAAGAGCGGAGCAGCGAACCCUUUGAGCGAUGGCUCAUUUCAGCACGUGGCAACAAAAGGAGAGGGACGAUCGCAACCGGACGGCCUCUCAGCUCCUCUUUCGGACAGCGACGAAAUAACGUCACAUUCUUCUGACUUUGAUACUGAUGAGGAGGAGGAUGACUUUGAUCAAAAUGCUUCAAACCCCUUCGACAAGUCCUCAUUUAAAAGAGACUCAAAAGAAUGUACGGUUGGGAAACCUUUUCGCUGCUCGCUUUGUGAUAAAACAUUUCCUUGGAAAAGCAAGUUAAAGGCACACAUGCGUACACACACUGGAGAGAAGCCUUUUUCCUGCACAGUUUGUGGUAAAAGAUUCACCCAUCAGGGAAAUUUAAACAAACACACAAGCACACACACUGGAGAGAAGCCUUAUGCCUGCACACUUUGUGCUAAAAAAUUCUUCUCAAAGGCCGAUUUAAACAUUCACACAAGAAGACACACUGGAGAGAAACCUUUUGCCUGCACACUUUGUGGAAAAAGAUUCACCGACAAGAGGGUUUUAAACAUGCACACAGGCACACACACUGGAGAGAAGCCUUAUGCCUGCACAGUUUGUGAUAAAAAAUUCUUCAGGAAGGCAAAUUUAAACAUCCACACAAGAACGCACACUGGAGAGAAGCCUUUUGCCUGCACAGUUUGUGGUAAAAGAUUCACCGAGAAGGGAGGUUUAAACAAGCACACAAGCACACACACUGGAGAGAAGCGUCAUUCUUGCACACUUUGUGAUAAGAAAUACUUCACGAAGGAAAAAUUAAACAUUCACACAAGAACACACACUGGAGAGAAGCCUUUUGCCUGCACAGUCUGUGGUAAAAGAUUCAUCGAGAAGGCAAAAUUAGUAUUUCACACAAGAACACACACUGGGGAGAAGCGUUAUGCCUGCACACUUUGUGAUAAAAAAUACUUCACGAAGGCAAAUUUAAGCAAUCACACAAGAACACACACUGGAGUGAAGCCUUUUGCGUGCACACUUUGUGAUAAAAAAUUCUUCACGAAGACAAAUUUAAACAUUCACACAAGAACACACACUGGAGAGGAGCCUUUUGCCUGCACAGUUUGUGGUAAAAAAUAUAUCGACAAGGGACGUUUAAACAGACACACAAAAACACACACUGGAGAGAAGCCUUACGCCUGCACACUUUGCGAGAAAAGAUUUAGUCAGAAGACCAGUAUAGAAAGACAUGUGCAAACACACUGAAAUACAUAAUGAUAUGAAAUGACAUAAAGAACAAAGUUAUUUUUCAGGUGCUGUUCUUUUUCACAACUAUCCAAUAUACAGUAUAUAGCGGAAAACACACAAGGCUAAUAAAGCAGUGUCUGCUCUUGCACCCCUCUUUUCAAUGAACUGCAGUAUUUUAUGCCAAAAGAACUGUUGUGUUUGAUAGAACAAUGUAUGCUACCAUAGAAGUUUCAUGGAGCAUUAUGCCCCUGGACUAUUUUUAAUUUGUCCGUUUUACCCUGGAGACCCCCGUUUACAGACACUGAGUCACCGAUUCUGUUUGUUUCCUUCAUUUGUUUCGUUGCCGCUGCUGUGCUCUCUGUCGAUAGUCUUCUGUUGCGUUGCUGAAAUUAUGUCACGCUUCCGGGUUUGGGAAUACAGUAUUGAUGAAGAGCUAAAAAAAAAUGCAGAUCAUCCUUGCAGUUACGCCUUUGAAAUGACGUGGUUGUUUCGACGAACUUGUCCAAAGUUUAUGUUUUUAAUUGUCACGACAAGGCGGCAUGGAGGACCAGGCGUGUGGUGGCGAGGGUGCUUGAGCACCUGCCCCUUUGCACCAAAGUUCCCCUUUUGACUGGGCUUUUUUUUUUUUUUGGUGCGUAUGUGUGUGCUGGCUGAGUGCAGACACGCCACCGAAAACUUUACUUGAAUACUGAAAAAACAUUUAAAAGAAAAAAAGCUGUCUGAGUGCCUCUUAGCUGGCGCGUACCCCCCCCGUUCCUUUUCAACCUGGGUGUGUGGUGAGGAGUCCCACGACAUCUGGUGGUGAUAAACAUGGUUUUAUCCGGUAAAACUGAAAUUGUGAAAAUUGUUCCACCAGGUUUAAAAAUAAUUAAUACCGUAUUUUUCGGACUGUAAGUCGCGUUUUUUUUUUUUUAUUCAUAUUUUGGCUGGGGGUGCGACUUAUACUCGGGAGCGACUUAUGUGUGGAAUUAUUAACACAUGAUAUAAUUUCACAUGUUAUUUUGGUGUUUUGCAGUGACACUGAUGGUUUUGUAAAGUUGUUAGCAUGUUCUUAUGCUAUAGUUAUCUGAAUAACUCUUUGUAGCUAUGGCCACGUUCGCGUUCUGCCUUUGGCAGUGUAUGUUCAAUUGUAUUAUUGACUUUUUUAUCUUGAAAUGGAUGCAUUUAGUUUGUGGCGCUUUCACGCCCACGUGAGGGCGCACUCGCACUUGUUUACGUGAAGAAGAGUGCUCACACGCCAGAAGAAGACGGACAGCUACGUAGCUCUGAGUGAGUGAGUGGGCGAGUUAGCGAGAGAGAAUAGACGGCUGCGAACCUACUUUCAUUGUUUAUGCUUUUAAAUCAUCUCUACAGAGGCAACGCCUGCUUGUAUCAUCCUUUCUGUUGCUGUUGUGUGUUUUCCACCCGCGAUCGGACACUUAGAGCCAGUUGUGUGGUUGUUUGGACGAUGUGCUAAUGAUAGCGAACGCAUGCUAACCUGUUACUUAUUACUAAUAGUACCUAAUUAUCAUUUAUUUACGUUGAUGCGAACCUCUUUUCUAUCGAGGACCAAAUUGAUUCAGCAAAUUAUACGGACGUCCAGCAUUGUCUUUUGGGAGUUCGCUGUACAGGCAGGACCGAGCCGUAGCGUAGGACAGUAUAUUCACAUUUCAUUGUUCAUGCACUGUACACUGUACAUUUA